CGCCCGAAUGCCAAAUGGCGCAGUGCGCCUGAGCGAAAAAGAGAGGAAGUGGCGGCUGAAGCAGCUCCGCACCUUUUCCGGUAACACCGACAGCGGCACGACCGGGACCGAGAGAGCGACCGGAGAGGAUAAGAGGGGACAGAACCGACCCGGGGUGCGCGAGAGGGCGGCUGUUAUAUGAGGGACUGAAGAGGGGGAACUCGGGAUGAGUGACUGACGUUUGGAGUUUUUUCUCACAGCCGCGAGCAGAACAUACGAUCUGAAACGCGUCUGAAGGGAAUGUGCGCAAAACAAACGCGACCCGACAGCGGGUACACCGGAAGGAAGUCUGAGGAAAGGCCUUUCACAGAUCUAAACACACGUGACGGGUUUUGUUUCUGAAUUUUUAAUGUUGUUUGCAGUACUGUGUGAGUUUUGAAAGCCAACGAAUACAUGUGUUUUUCUGACUGACCAAAAACCCACAUCCCUGCAACAAAUUUAAAUAUAUGCACAGCCAAAAAGAUGGGGAAGAUGCUUUCGAAGAUCUUUGGCAGCAAGGAGAUGAGAAUAUUGAUGCUUGGACUUGACGCGGCGGGAAAGACGACGAUCCUUUACAAACUCAAACUGGGACAGUCGGUCACCACCAUCCCGACUGUGGGCUUCAACGUGGAGACCGUUACGUACAAGAACGUCAAAUUUAACGUGUGGGACGUGGGCGGUCAGGAUAAGAUCCGUCCGCUGUGGCGGCACUAUUACACCGGCACCCAAGGCUUGAUCUUCGUCGUGGACUGUGCGGAUCGCGACCGGAUCGACGAGGCUAGACAGGAGCUGCAUCGCAUUAUUAACGACCGCGAGAUGCGCGACGCAAUCAUCUUGAUCUUCGCCAACAAGCAUAACCCAUAUUACUUUCAGAAGCUGUGGGGUCUUUUUCCUGAAUCCCGGAAAAGGGUUUUUGUGUCCGAAGAUCUGGUUUGUUUGUCCAAAAAUGGCAGCUUGUUUGUUCACCUCUGUGCCAUCACGUAUAACGAAUGUACGGAGAAAAUCGCUUCGAGCAGAGCUUUGAAAUAA